UUGAGUGGAUAGCAUUCACACAUCCACGAUAAGAUAACUCAUUUUGCACCCAUCACCACCUCAACAAACAAAAACCACACAAAAGAUCAGCCUCAUCACUUUAAAAUCCCACACCCUUCUUCUCCAAACACCAAUACUUCAUUUCAUUUUCAUUCCCAAUGGCAACCAUAACAUCUUCCACCAUCUCCAUCCCAUCAUUCACCGGCCUUAAGACCGCCACAGCCGGUUCAAGGGCCACCACUGCUACCGUCAAGGUAGCAUCCGUCACCCCAAAGCUCUCAGUGAGAGCUUCCUUGAAGCAAGCGGUGGCCACAGCUAUCGCUGUUUCCGCCAGCGCGUUGCUGGCCAGCAACGCGCUGGCAGCAGAAGUCUUGCUAGGAAGCAGUGACGGUGGAUUGGUUUUCGAACCAUCCACCUUCAGUGUGGCGUCUGGUGAGAAGAUUGUGUUCAAGAACAACGCAGGGUUCCCACACAACGUUGUGUUUGAUGAAGACGAGGUUCCAGCUGGCGUUGACGUGUCCAAGAUUUCAAUGAGUGAAGAGGAUUUGUUGAAUGCAGGAGGAGACACAUAUGCAGUGACAUUGACUGAGAAAGGGACUUACAGUUUCUAUUGUGCACCACACCAAGGUGCUGGGAUGGUUGGCAAAGUUACUGUUAAUUAAAUGAGAGUUUGGUUUAUUCAUUUUCUAUUUUCUAAAUAAUUAAACUUUGAAAAUAUUUGGCAAA